GUGAAGCUCCGAGGGGAGGUCGGUCCCUGAGGUCUGGCUUCAGGGUUUUCAGCGGCCUCUACCGCUGCCUGUCGUCAGCGCAGCUUGGAAGCGGUGGGAAACAGAAACACUAUGGCUUCCAGUCUGUCUCUUACUCAGCUCUCCAGUGGAAACCCCAUCUAUGACAAAUACUAUCGUCAGGUUGAUCUGACUGGCAGCGGGCGAGUGGCAGCAGCUGAUGCAGCUCUGUUCCUAAAGAGGUCAGGUCUGGCUGACCUGGUCCUUGGGAAGAUCUGGGAUUUGGCAGACUCUGAACGAAAGGGAGCACUCAACAAGCAGCAAUUCUUCAUAGCCCUGCGGCUGGUGGCUUGUGCUCAGAAUGGCCUGGAGGUGGCGCUCAAGAGUCUUAAUGUGGCUGUUCCUCCCCCGAAAUUUCAUGACAGCAGCAGCCCACUGUUAGCAGGAGGAGGGGCUGCUGACCUUCCCUGGGUUGUCAAGCCUGAGGAGAAGAUGAAGUUCGAUUCCAUCUUUGACAGUCUUGGCCCAGUAGGAGGGAUGCUGUCGGGAGAGAAGGUCAAGCCCGUCCUGCUUAACUCCAAAUUGCCGGUGGACAUCCUGGGCAGGGUGUGGGAGCUCAGUGACAUAGACAGAGACGGCAUGUUGGACAGAGAUGAGUUUUCUGUGGCUAUGUAUCUGGUGUACAGAGCUCUAGAGGGGGAGCCUGUUCCCAUGUCCCUACCGCCUCCCCUGGUGCCACCCUCCAAGAGGAAAAAACCUUCGGUGCCUCCCGUGAUGCCCCUGUUACCCUCGCCCCCCUCUGUCAAAGACAGUCGCUCCUCCCACGCUGGCUCUAAGACUAUGCCCCACCCUCCUAAACCCACCCCAGCUCCUGCCCCUGUCCCAGCACCAGCAGCUGCCCCUGUGAGUACAGGCUCCACCUCUCCUUGGGUAGUAUCGCCAGCAGAGAAGGCGAAAUUCGACGAGCUGUUCAACAAGACGGACGCCGACAUGGAUGGCUUGGUGUCUGGCCCUGAAGUCAGAGAUAUAUUCCUCAAGACCGGGCUGCCCUCCGCUACACUCGCACGGGUUUGGGAGCUCUGUGACGUUGGAGACAUAGGGAAACUGACGCGAGAGCAGUUCGCAUUGGCACUUUAUCUAAUUAAUCUGAAACUGACCAAAGGCUUAGACCCUCCACAAAAUCUGUCCCCAGAGAUGAUUCCUCCGUCUGACAGACAAAACAUCAAACAGAACAACGCAGCUAACCUAGCAGCCGACUUCUCUGCCAUCAAGGAGCUGGACUCACUGAGUAACGAGAUUGUUGAACUACAAAGGGAGAAGAGCUCUGUGGAGGAGGAGAUCAAGGAGAAGGAGGAGGCCAUCCGACAGCGCAGCACCGAAGUGCAGGACCUUCAAGAUGAGGUGGCAAAGGAAACCGAAGUAUUGCAGCAACUUCAGACUCAGCGUCAGAAGGUUCAAGAUGCUUUAGAUGAGCUGGACCAACAGAAGGCCUCCCUGGAGGAGCAGCUCACUCACAUUCGACAGCAGACCAACCAGGAGACCCAACUUAUCUCAUCUCUGCAGUCAGAGCACGAGGAGCAGGAACAAAGGAUAUGUCAGUAUGAGGAGGAGCUGGUCCAGGCCCGAGAGGAGCUUUUGGCUCUGCAGGAGGAGAGCCGGAAACUUCAGGAGAAGGUCCAGGCUGCCCAGGAGCAGCUCACUCCUCUUCAGGAGUCUGUGCGUGACUCUUUCACACAAGUUGCACAGGUCCAACAGAAACUGAACGACCUUCAGGUGGAGGAGCGAUCGGUGACUGCUCAGCUCAGCUGGAAGAGAGCCCUUGAGGACAGCUCUCCUGUCAUGGUCAAUGGAUCAGCAGGCCCCGCUGCAGAGCUCCACCAUGGGGACCUCUUCCAGAGGGACCUCUUCCAGGAGGACCUUAAAGAACUGAGAGUGGAAGAGCAUUCAGAUUCAGAGGAGAGAGGUGGCGUGAAUGAGAAAGAAAAGGAAGAGGAGAAGGACGAAGAGAGUCCAAAAGCUGGGGAAGAUGAAAAGCAGAAACAUGAUGCCUUGGAUGAUCUCUACACUGAUAUGUACAGUCUGUCGAGCCUUGCCAAGCCCUGGGAGAGCAAUGUUAGGCAGGAACGCAGCAGCCCUGCGCCUGGUGUCUCCUCUGAGGUUACAGAAGAUGCAAAGGAGUCACCUAAGGAGACCCCACCGAAGGUUGCAUCACCAGAGCCAGAGAGCAAACAGGAGCCUGCAGAGCCGACAGAAACAACCAGCUCCCCCUCUCCGCCUCAGCCUGGCCCUCGCUCCUUGCCACCACAGGGCAGCCCUCCCUCCCUGCCUGAGAUGGAUUUCUUCCAUUCAGACCCUUUUACCGAUCACGAUCCUUUCAAAGAAGAUCCUUUUGGAAAAGCAGAUGUUGGAGGUGCUGCUCAAAAUCCUUUUGGAGGAGAUCCAUUCAAAGGCUCAGACCCCUUUGCUGCAGACACUUUCUUCACACAAACCUCCAGCACCCCGUUUUCCUCAGAGGACCCUUUCUCUGCUUCAGCCGACCCCUUCGGUACCACUUCUGGCGUGCCGGAGCCAGACCUCUUUGCAGCCAAGGUGAACGAUACAGCAGCCGUACCAGCGGGUCCGGAUCCUUUCGCCUCCAAAUCCACCAAUCCAGCGGCAGCAUCCAACGAUCCGUUCAGCUCUAAAGGGAACAACACAGCUGAUUCAGACCCGUUUGGAGGCAAAAUGACCAGCACAAAGGAGGCAGACCCGUUUGGUUCUCAAGAUGGAGACAAGGAUCCUUUUAGCAGCUCCCCGCCGAGCUCUGAUCUGGCCGUGAAGGACACCGCAGCAUCCAAUGACCCUUUUGCUCCCGGUGGUACUGCGGUCAGUGCCUCCUCAGAUGCAGAUCCGUUUGCUGCUGUGUUUGGUAAUGAGUCAUUUGGAGGAGGCUUUGCAGAUUUCAGUGCUUUGGCAAAGUCAAAUGGUGCUGAGCAGUUUGGAGUUGACAGCAGGAACCUCUUCCAGGAAGAGAGCCAACCUGCCAGCUCUGAUGUGCCCCCAGCCCUGCCGCCAAAAACGGGUACGCCUACCAGACCUCCUCCUCCACCUCCAGGUAAGAAAUCAUCCAUCAAUCGAACGGAGUCCUCCGACUCCUUCCAUCGACGAGGAAACUUCAUGCCACAGACUUCAGGAGACUUCUCCUCCUCUUCCUCCUCCUCCUCCCUGCCUGCAAAGGAUCCUUUAGCCGACCCCUUCGCCCCCUCCUCCCCUCCUCGCCGCAACGCACGGGAAGCUGAUGGAUUUGCCAGCUUUGACAAAUAUCCAACCGAGGAAGACAUGAUAGAGUGGGCAAAGCGCGAGAGCGAGCGAGAGGAAAAGGAGCGACUCGCCAGGCUCACCCAGCAGGAGCAAGAAGACCUGGAGCUGGCCAUCGCUCUCAGCAAGUCUGAACUCUCCUGAGGAGGCCCCGUUCCCCUCUACCGGUCUGGCUCGGCACGGCACGGCACAGCUUGGCCCGGCCCGGCCCAGAAAGCACCAAAGCAAAGUGGGGAUUGUACAGGACUGAUUCAGCAUCACCUGCUGACCCCAUGAAGAGACUCAAAACUCAUCUCUAACUCGUUCAACCCCCCGACUGUCCAUGCUCUGUUGGUCUCCGUGGUUUUGAUAGAGGAGCGUAACGUUUUUUCUUUUUCUUUCCCCCUUUUUAGAACGAAGAUGCAAGAGAAAACUUGUUCUAGUGUUAAUGUCGUUUUGCCUUCAUUUAAAAUCUAGGCAGCAAGCGCUGCGUUAAGUCCCCAGAAUGUAAUUUAUUGUAGCGCGCGCUCGAAACCACUAAACAAACUCGCUACAUUUCAUUAAAUCUCAGCUCUCUUUGUGAUGAGAUUUUAAUAGACGUGCUAAUUUUCUAGAACUCAAGAAUUCCCAAAAUUUUCUUUUUUGGCUCUUGAUUAAACUUCUGAAGCAACCACAGUGAACUGGGGAGAUUCUGUUUCCCAGUUUGUUCUGUUCUGUAACUCUGUAGGCCCUUUCUAACAGAGUGACCGUGUCCCACUCUCAUGCAGGGAAGAUGAUUUUUUUUGUCUUCAUUUAGAGUAGGUCAGGAUAUUUCAACAUUUCUUCGUGUUUAACUGGAAGUUGCGGCUCCUGUAAGAUGUGAAAUGUGUACAAUGUGUAGAUUUAUACUAAAAUGGAACAAAUCUGCCACAGCUACCUUUUCCUUUGAAAUGUCAGUCCUACCUUGCUCACCGUAGCACCUGUGUCGUGAGCAUUAAAGCGCUGAUUUGUGUGUGUCGGGGGAGGUAAUAAUGAAUGAAACUACAGCCAUCACAUUUUAUGACUUGGUUUGCAUUAAAAACUAGGCCACACUACAGUAGGAUGCAGAGCAGAAAGCACACGAUCUGUUUUUCUAACAUACAAACUAAGUUUCUCUCAAGUACUUUAGGAUCUUUAAAUCGGUCUAAAUUUUUAAAUUCAUUGUGGCCCGACAUGAAAGAAUGUAACAAAACGCAAGGUUGUCAUAGAUGAAUGUAAGCGUGGAUCCUACCUUAACUGAUCAUUAGCUGUAUCAUUAAUCCUGAUUGAUCUCCUUUAGGGAAACUCUCAAGGGCUCCUCAGCAGCUUGAAUGCUGAGUGGAUAACUACAACUGUGCGGUUGUCAUGUUACCAUGUGAACAUUUGGUCCCAUUUCAACGUGUGCCAGAGUCGGUGCUUCACUUGUUACCAUUUGUACGAUUUUUUCUUUUUUUUAAUCCAGGAGUCUUUUGCGCUCUGAGAGACUCCCUGGAUUUCAGAGUCUUACACAAACACGGUGAAAGUUGUUAAGUGUUUCUACUUUUUCGUUAGAGCGGUGUAUUUUCUGGCCGUGCACCUCGACAUCUGCAGGGAUUUAACUUGCAAAAGACCUCAGAUGUGCUGAGGAUGCACGCUCACAUUGCACUGUGUUAUCGGGCCUGUUGACAGCCACACGGCGGCACAGGAAAGCUUUACUAAACGUGACAGAAGGUUUUCUGCUGAGGAAAGGCUACGAUGAAGUGCGAGAGGCCUCUGCUCUCUCAUUACCUUAGCUCAUUUCUUAUCAAAUAAUGCACAAUGUUUUGGACAGCUCUUCCUGUUCUUACUUCUUUAAUGUUUAGCAAGAAGAUGGUUUCCUCUUCUCAUGUCUAACCAGUGUACUGUCUGUGGCUCAUGCAGUACUUCCUACUGAGAGCUCUCGCUCUCCUACAAUGAAGUUUAUUGUAAAUACGGGAGAGCACAGCUGCAUGUCUGCUCUCCAGGUCUCUUGUUGUACUAGUUUCAUUGCUUCAUUGUCAUGUAUUCAAACAGGUUACUGUCAUUUUUAACAAUUCUGCACAUUUCUCAAAACCAGAACCACUUACUGUACGUUUCUAGGCUUAUCCAUAAAGCUUUUUAAGCUUCAGGCUAAUUGUAUUUUAUUUUGUACUUCCUAACUUGUAAGAAAAAUCAUUAUUGGAAGGCCUUGGCCAUGUAAUGCAUUUAAUUGAAACAGAAUAAAUAUUAAAAAUAUGUA